GUGGCCUUUUUCUAAAAUUAAACAAAUAAAAUAAUAGUGAAUGUUAUUUCAAGUUUCAACAAAGUUUGUUUUACUUUUUGGUGCUGUGACCUAACCUCCACGAUAUUUUGUAAAACAAAAACAGGGCAAAAGAGAAUUUGCCUCCAGAUUACGUAAAUCUCCCACCAAAAUUCAUCACCUGAUUCAAUAAAUAGUAUAAUUUCAUAGUCUAACAAGAACACUUUGCUCUGAUAUAUACGUAUAUACUUAUUCAAAGUAAAGUUGGGUAGAAGAAAAUGUGGAGAUCGGAGAUCUGUUUAGCAUUAGCAACUUUAGCUUUAUUCUUGUUUGCAUCGGCUCUUGCAGAUGAUGUUGCUGUAUUAACCGAAGAAAACUUCGAAAAAGAGGUCGGUCAAGAUCGCGGCUCUCUCGUUGAGUUCUACGCUCCUUGGUGUGGGCACUGUAAGAAGCUUGCUCCUGAGUAUGAGAAGCUAGGUGCAAGUUUCAAAAAGGCUAAAUCUGUUUUAAUUGGAAAGGUUGAUUGCGAUGAGCACAAGGGCGUGUGCAGCAAAUAUGGUGUUUCUGGGUAUCCCACCAUCCAAUGGUUUCCUAAGGGGUCUUUGGAACCCAAAAAGGCUGGUAUUGUUGAAACACUUGAUAGCUUAGUGAAGGAGUUUAUCAGUGCAGAAGGUGAGGAGAAGAAAGCUGUAUUCAGUAGGUUGGAGGAGGAAGCUGAGAAGCUGAAAGGUUCCACCGCAAGAUAUGGGAAGAUCUAUGUGAAAGCUGCCAAGAGCUGCAUGGAGAAAGGGUCUGAUUAUGCCAAGAAUGAAAUUCAACGGUUGGAUCGUAUGCUUGCCAAGUCAAUAAGUGAAGCAAAGGCUGACGAGUUCACUCUGAAGAAGAAUAUCCUGUCUACCUUUGCUUGAAGGCAGUAACGAAUUACACUGUUUGACGCUUGAGAUCACAGCAUCUAUUUCAUUGAGGGUUUUCCCCUUGUCGAGGAACGUGUCAUCUUGCCCAUUUCACUCGUGUUGCAUAUCUGUUAACCACAUGGAGAAAUGAUAAGAAGAGAGGGAUUAGUUUAUUUCAUUUACCAGUAACAAUAAUGUAACAUUUUAUUUAAGGGAUUUUUUCUGAUAAUUAUAUCAUGUUUUUGACAAGUGAACGUAGUUACAUAGUUAAUGAAUGCUUCUUGGUUAUUUGCUGUGAAGCCUGUGUUGAAAGAUU